CAGUGCGCAACGUCACUCGAAUGCUACGCAGUGCUGAAACCGAACACAAGCGAUCACUGAUUAAAAAAAGGGGGAAACUACACACACACUCUUGAUCACACUUUCACCCCUUCUAUCCAGCACAGCAACGUGACAAAAUCCCACAGAGACUGAAGAGCUCACUGACUGUCACAGAGACGAUACAGGAGACGACGAGAGAGUUUGUGAGAGAGACAGACCAUGUCGGCACAGAGGAAGGGAGCGGCAGCAAAGCUGCGAAAAUGUGCCUUCUGCAGGACGAACCGGGACAAGGAGUGUGGACAGCUGCUAGUGUCGGACAACCAGAAGGUGGCAGCCCACCAUAAGUGCAUGCUUUUCUCCUCCGCGCUGGUUACAUCUCACUCAGACUGCAACGAGAACAUCGGGGGGUUUUCUGUCCAGGACGUGAGAAAGGAGAUCAAGAGAGGGAAUAAACUUAUGUGUUGGUCCUGCCAUCGGCCUGGUGCCACUGUUGGCUGUGAUGUGAAGACAUGCCGGCGGACGUAUCACUACUACUGUGCAGUAUGGGACAAGGCCCAGGUCAAAGAGAAUCCCUCACAAGGGAGCUACCUUGUGUAUUGUCGCAAACACCGGGAUGCCUCCCAGGAUGCCAGUGAAGAUGAACAGGAACAAGGAGGUGUUGCCAAUGACUCCGACUCCUCCCCUCCACGGAGUAGGGGGCGUGGGAGAUUAGAGAAAGAGCGAAUCAAAGUUGGAUCCCGUGGCCAAUCAGAGGACACACGCUCGACCUCCUCUCAAGGUGUAGAUGAUGAGAGCUCCUCGCAUAGGGACAGGUCCCCUCUGAGGGGCUCUGGGGACGGUGGCCAGCGCUGUGGCUUCUGCCACUCCGGAGAGGAGGAGAACGAGAUGCGGGGCGUGCUACAUGCAGAUAAUGCAAAAAAGGUUGCUGCACAUUACAAGUGCAUGCUGUUCUCAUCGGGAACCGUCCAACUUACUACCUCCUCACGGGCUGAAUUUGGGAACUUUGACAUCAAAACGGUCAUCCAGGAAAUCAAGAGGGGGAAGAGAAUGAAAUGUACCCUGUGUACCCAGUUGGGAGCCACUAUUGGCUGUGAGAUCAAAGCCUGUGUGAAGACCUAUCAUUAUCACUGCGGCCUGCAGGACAAGGCCAAGUACAUAGAGAACAUGGCUCGUGGCAUCUACAAGCUGUACUGUAAGAAUCACAGUGGGAAUGAGGAGCGGGAUGAGGAGGAUGAGGAGAGGGAGAGUCGCAACAGAGAGAGGGCGGCCAUUGAUCACGGGGGAACACUGCCUCUGCCUCCGCCACAAAUCAAUGGCAACUAGGUGAUGGUUAAGGAUUGCAGGAUAAGAAGAGGGGAUAUCCAAGAUGGAGCAAAGAUAUUUUUCUAUUGCGUUCUCCCGAAGUAGGGGGUCACUGCCAGCCCCCUCAUUCACCAUUUCAGUUUCUUCAAACAUCAGACACACACCCCUGCCAGAUGUGAACAUGUCAGCCCCUGGCUUCUUCACAAACCUCUUUCAUAUUGUUAAGUUUCAUGGAUGAGAAAUGGCACGGACGGACUGGAGUACUAAGAGCAAAACACUGCUGCUGGGUGAAAGACGAAGCAUGAGAGUUGUGGUCUCCCUGUAAUACAUGUUGUAUUGCUCUUAAAGAAGACAUGACUCAACAAAGUUAUCAACAUUCAUUGUAUCUUGCUUCCCAUGUGCCCCACAGCAUUCCAUAGUCCUAUACAAACAAUAUUCUUCUUCCUCUAGCUCUUCUUCAAGGAGGCUGCCUUGUAAUAUUGUAGAUUUUUUUCACCAGUCUCUUCCUAAUCAUGGAAUUUGAUUUACUUUGUUGUAGCUGUAAUCUUCUCUUUAAGAAAUUCCUUUUUUUACUUCUCAAAAAAAAAGUGUAUUGUUUGACAACUAUCAUAAUCAUGAAUACUAUUGAAUAUUUGUGGCUUUCUUUAUAGUCAAUCAGGAUUAAAGUUAAUCUGCUAGCAUGCAGCACUUUAGAUUGUUUAUUCAUGUUCUGUAUUGCUCCAACAUGCCCAUGCAGACUUCUUUAUAAGGAAAGAAUAUUGACUUAAGUUUUUGUGCUAUUCUCAUUUUCUCAGCAUCCACAAUUGUAUUCGUGAAGGGUUACAAUUACAGGCUACAAUAUACAUUUUGUAUUACACUUAUUAUACUGCUGAAAUGUUUUUGUCCAACAUAAGAAACCAAGAAAAAAACAUUUUGAUGUUGUCCAGCAGGUGGCAGUAUUCCUUUUAUGAUUUGAAUAUUGUACCAGGCAUGUUAUUUCGAAAGCUUCCAAAUAUGAUUUUUUUUAACUUUUAAACUGCCAGAUCAAUAUAAGAUGCCUCACAAAUAGUGGUUGUUGAUGGACGCUUUGGGAUUGGAGGAGUUUUGUUAUGGUCAGAUAAUAGGGUGAAGAAUGUCACAGAUACCUGGAUGUUGACCAGAGCAAGAAGGCCCUUCCGCACUACCCCAGUCAACAACAACGUCUUCUGGGUUCAACCGGCUAGAUGUCUAAAUGGUAGUCUGUGUUUAGUUAAACCUUGAUCUUUAUCCAGGCUAUAUAUCGUUUGAAGUAAGUUUAUUGUUGGCAAUAAAAACGGAAUACAGUCCGCUGCACAGAAAAGCAGGUUGAAAAUGUA